CGGUGCGUGCCGCUGAGCGCGCGGCGGGCUUUGGCCAGGCGGCGGCGCGGGCCUGAGGCGGUCGGCAGCGGGCGGGCUCCCGCCGAGCAAACCGCCCUGUGCUCUGUCGGGUGCGGGGGGUAAAGGCGGUUUGGACGCGGAAGAUCCCUUGUGAAGUGGCGGCCAAACCGUCCCCUGGCUUGGGAGAGGCCGAGCCGUGCGACAGCACCUGAGCGCCGCGCAGGUGUGUGAAGAUGUCGUGAUAGGUGCUGGCGGUGAGCAAGUCACCUCCUCCGUCGGGAAGACCCGGACGGUGGCAGGGGGUCGCUGCUUGUCAGAUCUUCCUUGGUUUUUUUCAGCGAAGCUGCGAAGUGUUUUAUAACGAUGGAUUUGGAGAUCGAAAAAGGAUGAUGGAGGUCUUGGGGGGGCUGGGGGGGUGUCUGCAGUCCGACGUCCUGCUUGGAGCAGGGUCAGCUCUGAGGUCAGACCGGGGGGCUUAGGGCUUUAUCCCCUGAGGUCUUGAAAGCCUUUAAGGAUGGAGACCACACAAGCUCUUCGGGCAACUGGUUCCUCAGUUCCACUGUCCUCGCGGUGAAGAAGUUUUUCCUUUUUCUCCAGUACAGACCUCCCUUGUUUCAGCGUGUGCCCAUUAUGUUUCAUUCUCCUGCCGUGCACACUGUUGAAAGCUCAUUGGGAUGCUCGUGUUAUAUAUGUUUGCUGAAGUUGAGGUGAAAGAAAAAAGAUGGUCUGUUUUAGCUGUACUGUACCAAACUUCUAUGUCUGUUACAUGUGUGUAAAUACAUCCAUGUUUUCAGCAAGGGUUACUAGGUAAUUGCAGUUACAUCUAUAUCAACGGUGCCACAAUAGAAGCUACUAGUAGGUUGACUAGGCACAAUAUAAUGACCUCAGUGAAUUGAGAUAUACCUGUAAAUUACACAGGAAAUAUUCAGCCUUAUGCAGGAGGUAACCACUGUGGGGUUUUUUUGAGUAAGACCGUAUGCAGUAGUAUAGAGCAAAGUAGGUUAUAGCUUUUUGCCCAACUUAAAAUAAUUGCCUCAGAAAGCAUAUGUAUUUCAAGAGAGUAAAAUUGUCAAACUAAGCACAUGGAUGAGGAAGACAAGGCAAUGGAAGCUUAGUGUUUCAAAUGGAAAAAAAGAACUCUACUUUCUUCUGUGUAAUUAUAUACAACUUUGUAAAGUAAUUUCUUUCCUAAUUGUUCACAUUUGGAAUACAUUUUUGUGAGCUGAGGAGCAUGACAUAUAUAGCAUCUCAAUUGUACCUGUUCUUGCAGCUAUUCAUUUCUUUGCACACCUUAGAUUUGGCGUAAACAACACUACAGAAAGAAAAUGACCCACUGGUUUCAUCGCAACCCUUUGAAGGCUACAGCUCCCGUUUCAUUUAAUUUUUAUGGGGUAGCUACCACUCCAGCUGCAACAAAGGUUUGCAAUGAUUUGAGGUUAUCUCGAACACGACUGUUGGAGCUGUUUACAGACUCAAGUUGUAAUCCAGAAAUGAUGAAGAAUGCAACUGACUUGUACUUCUCACUCUUGCAAGGUUUUAUCCUCUCACUGGAUGACUCUUCCCAAGAAUGCAAGUUGAGAUAUAUUCAGAAUUUCAAGUGGACAGACACAUUACAAGGACAAGUUCCAAGUGCUCAGCAGGAUGCAGUGUUUGAACUGGUUUCCAUGGGAUUUAAUGUGGCUCUGUGGUACACAAAAUACGCAUCAAGACUCGCUGGAAAAGAAGAUAUAACAGAAGAUGAAGCAAAAGACGUUCACAGAAGUCUGAAGAUAGCAGCUGGGAUUUUUAAACACUUAAAGGAGAGUCACAUUCCAAAAUUGAUUACACCUGUAGAAAAGGGAAGAGAUUUAGAAGCUCGACUUAUAGACUCUUACAUCAUACAGUGCCAAGCUGAAGCUCAAGAAGUGACAAUUGCUCGGGCUAUUGAGCUGAAACACAAUCCAGGACUAAUAGCUGCCCUUGCUUAUGAAACAGCUAACUUUUACCAAAAAGCUGAUCAAACAUUAUCCACUUUGGAUCCAACCUAUGCAGGUAAAUGGAGGAAGUACUUAAACUUGAAGACCUGUUUCUAUAUGGCCUAUGCAUACUGUUACCAUGGUCAAACUUUACUGGCAAGUGAUAAAUGUGGGGAAGCAAUCAGGUCUCUGCAGGAAUCAGAAAAAUUUUUUGCCAAGGCCGAAGCAUUGUGCAAAGAAUAUGGAGAAACCAAAGGGCCCGGGACUACUGCCAAACCUUCUGGACAUCUCUUCUUUAGGAAAUUAGGAAGUUUGAUUAAGAACACACUAGAAAAAUGCCAGAGAGAGAAUGGAUUCAUCUAUUUUCAAAAGGUGCCAGCAGAGGCUCCCCAGCUGGAACUGAAAGCAAACUAUGGCUUAGUAGAGCCUGUUCCUUUUGAAUUUCCUGCCUUGAACGCACACUGGACUCCUGAAACACUUGCAGCAUUUGAUCUCACCAAGAGGCCAAAGGAUGACACUGCUAAACCAAAACCAGAUGAAGAAGUAAAACCUCUGAAGGAACCAGAUAUAAAGCCUCAAAAAGACACUGGAUGCCAGAUUUCUUAAGUGCCAUAAGUGCUUUGAAUUCACUUUGAAACUGUAUUAAUUGGACUCUGGGGCUUUAGUUCUGAUCUCCCUUUUUCUGAUUCUUCUUUUUUAAUUUAGAAGACUAAUUUAAUUUACUUUUGUUAGUAUGUGUUUAUCUCGAGAAUGUGAUGGAUUUCUAAGAGUUUAUUUAUAUCUGACUUAUUUUUGGUUUUAGUGGGAUAUUAUAGAAUGAGUGGGCUUAAGUGUUCCUAUUGUGCCUCUAGAGAGUUUCUUUUUGUGGGUUUAGUUUCUACCCACAAAUAGCAAAGGAAGUAUCAUGACUGUAACACUUGAGGAUUUUUCCAUUAAAUUAUA